CCUCACCGCGACCGUGGGCACUGUUUACGACCACUCAACUCCCUUCCACGCCAAUGGCUUCGGGCUUGGAUUGCCGUCUACUCCGCCAUGGACCUACGUGCAGUGCAGUGAGUCGUUGCGGACAGAUUUCCUGACUGCGGAUGACGUUGUUUUUUGCAUUCAGAUCGCAGCUUGCACCUCAGGUGGCCCAGAGUGUCUUGAAUCUUCAAUGUGGCUCGAUGCUCAUUUGCAACCUGGCUGUUACCUAGGAAGGUAUUCUACAGAUCUAGAUUUCCACCUCCAUGUUGGGGAUAUUCCUCAACGAGUGUUUUGAAGAGCACUUAUUCCACACUCACGAUGUCGGGAAUUCGGGAGCCACUGCUUCCACCCCACGACUUCAGAAUCGACCCAUCAGCUUCACCCUUCACUGACUCGCAAGCAGCUUAUCUGUCAAAGCACCCUGACCCUCAAUACGACUACAUCGCCACCGGCGCUCUCGUCUUUGACACCUCGGAGAAUCCCUCGCUACCUCGCAUCUUGCUGAUUCAACGCUCGCCUGACGACAGCAUGCCGGAUCGCUGGGAACUUCCGGGCGGAGGCUGCGAGGACGAGGAUGAAAGUAUACUGCAUACCGUCGCGAGGGAGCUAUGGGAGGAGGCGGGUCUCAGGGCAAAGAGUAUAUCGCGUCCAGUUGGCAAAGCGCACAUUUUUUCCAGCCGUUCGGGAAAGAAGAUAUGCAAGUUCAAUUUUCCGGUCGAGGCGGCAAAGGACCGUCAAGGCCGCCUCGAUGUAAGGUUGAAUCCGAACGAGCAUCAGCGAUACGUCUGGGCAACCGAAGAGGAAGUAAGGGCCAGGCAAUCCGGAGGAAUGGAGCUAUCGUUUACAUUCGAAGAAUUGGAGCACACCAUCAUCGAAGCGUUUCAGGAAACUCAGAAGUGGGAAUGAAUACAAAGUUGAAAUCAUCUCUGGAGAAAAGCAUCAGGUUUCUUGGUUUACACGCACUGUCCAUCCAGCUUCAGACAAUCUCAAACGUUUCUUGGGGAAUGAGGCCUUGACGAAGCAUCUCCAUCGCCUCUCCAUCCAUCAAGCCAUGCACAUAACACUCUCCCACGAGAAGGUAGUGGGAGUUCCAAGGCCGCAGGCAAAAUGGCAUCUUUCCCCCAAAGAGGACGCAAAUAAUGUCCGUCUCCUCCAUGACCUCCGGCCCCAAGACGUAAUAGCCACUGUCGGUUCUCGCAAACUUUCGAUUCUUCGAGGCUCCGUUGGCUGCUCGACUCCACUGCUCUCCUUCGUGAUGCUCGUCACCCUUUGCCGCCUCCUCGGCAAGCCGAUGGAGCUUCGGGCACGACGAACAUGAACUCAAAUCAAAGACCUUUGCCAGGUACGCUGCUUGUUGUUCCAGCCACCUGCUGCAGGGAAUGUCUCGAUAUGCCUUGCCUUCCCGGCCGGCAAUUUGCACGCAGCCAUUGCUCAACGUCUGCAUCAGAGCGAAAAGUGCUUCUUGACCGUUUGGGUACCUCACGCUAAGGUCGAACUGGCCGCCCUGGUCACAACCCUCACGCCACAGGUAGUCUAUCGCCAGCUCAGCCUCCUCCCGGACUGGCUCCUCCCGAACUGGUCUCGGGUGGAAUUCCUUGGCCCUGAGUAACCGACUGCACCAUUUCACCCUAUCAAAAAUGACCCCACCGAUUUUGAGGAUCGGUUUGUCUCUCAUAAUGUCAAUCUCCGGCGAUGAAGUGCCGUGGGCGCGAUGGGGGACAAUGGGCUCGGAGAGAAUGAACGACUGAUUGGACCUUCUCCAGUCUGGCACCCAAGUCGGUAAUUUGUCGUCGUUGUCGGCAGUCCUAGCUGUCUCAUGGACGUCGCUCUCAUCAUCCCUGGUCUUUGCCGAUGGCAGGCUCUUGUGCUGCACAGCUGCCAGUGCGAUCAGAGCAGAUCCGGUCGCUUCGUCAUUCUCACCGAGCAAUGAGCGUUUCGCAACAUCGGUGUACACCUCGGCCACCGACUUGUCGUACUUCGCCUCGAGCAUGGCGAGUUGCUGGUUCUUGCCACGAACAGAGUAAUGGCCCAACCAUGCAAAUACGCGGUCCAGUGCGUCUGUGAGCUGAAGACCGCGGGCUCGAUGGAGUUCGUAAAUGAAGUUGAAGCGGUUCGCAUGGUAGCUCUUCUGGUCCGGUUCGAUGAACCGUUGGAACACGUACUUGAUGUCCGAGGUGCGAAUGUUGAGCUUGCUUCGAAGAUGGUGAAAGUCAGUCAACCUCUCGCAAACCCCGUGCAGGGUCUCCCAGUCUAUCUCCGACCCUCCCCAGAACAUGGUGGCGGGAGCUUUGGUACCUAUCUCCUGAACGAUCCACCCUCGUUUAAACUGGGAAGAGAUCAAUGGUUUGUCAGGUGCCUGGUUCUGUUUGACAUUUCAUCAUCUCAAAACCUACCCAAGGAAGAUCGGUCAAGCAAUCGAGGGCUCUCCCCUCUUUUUCGAUCUGAUUCUCGAGACCCUUCACAUACUCUACACUCGGCUUCGAGUGUUUCUCCUGGUGUUUGUUGAGCGCCUCAUCUAGCCUGUGAAUCAGGUCAAAUGCCUUGGCCGCAAGAUUUUCUUCAUCCAGACCAAGCCAUACCAAGACAUGGUCCGCGUUUUUGUAAAUCAUGUUCAUGAAUUUGACCUGCUGGCUUCUCUCGGCUCGAUCUUUUUGGUUGAUGCAAAUUUGGUCGGCCCAGACACGUCGUGACUUUUUCGGGUCUCGAAUACGCUUGAGCGCUUCGUACAGGCUCGUGGUGAUCUCAAGCUCGGCCGUACCAAGAAAGAUGCUGUGUCUGGCGUUUGGGUCACCCCAAACAUAGGACAAAGCCUGGUAGACCCCGGCAGAUUCGAGAUGGGCGAAAUCGAGCGCGCCAAUGAGUGGAUCUUUGGGUCCCCCAGGCUGAAGGGUCAGAACUCUGAUGGACUGAUCGUCAGGCAGACAGAGGGAGGUGUAGGGGUUGGCCUGUUCCUCCCUCCCUUUGCUUGUGGCUUUGCCUGCCAUGUUCGAAGUCCUCUCAAGAUGGAGAAGAGGGUGUUUUGUUUGCAACAAAUGCUUUCAUCUAUGGGACUAUUUUGGGGGAAGAUCCACCUGAGAAAGACGGUCUGAGACUGAGAGAUCAGUGUCUUGCACGACAUAGGGCAUUGCAAGGUAGAUAUAGCCGCCCCCGACCACCAGACGACUGAUGAGGCGUCUUUCGUGCAAAGGAGCGGACGUGAUCGUUCGCCUCGCUAUCAGCCACUCCGCAAGCCAUACUGUCUCGCAACCAAUCGCUUUCCCGGGAGGCUGCCUGCCCAAAUCUCCUCGCGCCCUUUUGUUUUGCCAGGGCCUGUCUCGGAGCUUUACGUGCGCGCACACGGAUCGCUGUAAACCAUAGACUAUACAAAGGCAUUUUCUCACUAGACACGGUUGAAAGAGCGGAUGCUCUUCUCUAUAACUCAAUUGUCAUGCUAUCCUCCUCGGUUACGAGCAGGUAAUCAGAGGCUGUUCAUUUUUGCGGAGGAUAUCUUCUCAGCCUUACUGGUAAGGCUUGACAUGGGCUGGUUUUGGCCCCUGUAUAGGUAGAGUUCAACCCACACCUCGAGCCCAGCCCAGUCCAUGUCUCAAGCCCGUAGGGUUUAGCUCAGCCGGCCCAUGUCAAAGCCUACUCACUAAAGGUGACCGUGUUGGUGGCAGCAUGUUUGUGCGCCGUGUGUCCACAGGUCGGCUUGUGACUGGACAGCUGAGGUUAACACGUCACCGGGUGCAUUUUAUCGACCCAAGUCCGGAUUGAAAUGAGUCUCAGCUGAUUCCCCCCC